AUGUUUACAGCCGUCCAGCGUACGCCUUGCGAUGUCGAGCAGCAAGACGAUCCCAAGGUCCCGAAGGUUAGCAUCAGACUUAGCUAUCAAUCUAGAUGGGUUUCAACAUCAUCUCGCCGACCCAAUAACACGAGCGUACCCGACUCUGUUCAAAACCCUCCACAAGCCACACGAGUUGUACAAUAUGUCCCUAUCCCAGGUAAAUGGGCACGGAAGCUUCACCCACAUUGGGCAGAGUCGGCCUUUGAACUUCCCACUGUUAUUCCUGAGGGGCAUAUUUACUACAUCACAAAGGGGUUUUACGUUCGCCAAGGUGCAACGGCGCUUGUAGAACGGCUACCUUCUGGCGAUAUUGUCAAAACCCCCCUCCCUAACCCUUAUGACCCCAAGGAAGAACUGACAAAUAUUGAGAAAAUGGAACACGAAUAUGAAGUUUAUCGGUUCAUUGGCGCAAAUCCGUUUAUCCCCAAACUGAUUCACUGGGAUAGUCAGUCCAAGACAUUAGUUCUCGAAAACCACAGCAACGGAGACUUGGAGACCUAUCUACGACACCAUGAUCAUGUCGAUAUCAAUACUCGUCGAAAAUGGGCUUUGCAGGCAGCUCAGGCACUCGAGAGUCUCCAUACUCGUGGAGUAAUCCAUCAGGAUGUCACACCUCGAAACUUUCUGUUAGACAAGAACUUGGAUCUUCGGAUAUGCGACUUUGCUGGCAGCUCUUUCCCAGGACAUCUUUCCUUAACUGGUGCCCCAGGACCAAGAUACCAAUCACAACUAUGGACUAGGGACUACAUUCCUACCCAAGCAGAUGAUAUCUUUGGCCUAGGAUCUGUAUUAUAUUUUAUCAUGUGUAACGAAGAACCUUACAGCAACCUUGAUGAGGAUGAGAUAGAAAGUCGGUUUCGAAACAGGAACUUUCCGGUGUCUGAUCACCUUGACUGUGGUGCAGUCAUUCAGAGUUGUUGGGAAGGGCGUUUCACCACUGCGGGAGUUGUACGAGCUUUAGUUCACAGCAGGGAGAUCAAUCAUACCUAG